CAUGCGUGUUACUCUACCGGAAGCUGAGUCUGCUGUCUGUGCGCUGUUCUGUGCUUGUGUUCAUCGACAGCAGUACGAUACUGCUUCAUUUCUUUGAUAUUAAUAUGUUAUUUCUUUAAUUUUGUUUUAAUCUUUAUGACGUAUACUCUUGUGUGAUAUAGAUGUGUUUAUGAGUGUGCUCGUGCGGUGGUUUACAGUGUGUUACGCGUCUGAUAUGUGGAGGUGAUUAUCAGGUGAUGGCGCCCACUAAGAUGAAGUUGCGUGUGAAAAAGCGAGAAGGUGGAGGAAAAUCAUCUCAACGUUUACUGGCCAAUGCUUCUCCAGACUCCAAGUGCCCCAUCUGCCUGGACGGCUUUAAUAACGUGGCCUCGCUGGACCGUUGCCUGCAUCAGUUCUGUUUCCGCUGCAUCCGCGAGUGGUCGAAGAACAAAGCCGAGUGUCCGCUCUGUAAGCAGCCCUUCCACUCCAUAUUCCACUCCGUCAAAGGAGAAAACGACUUUAAGGAGUUUGUGCUGCGGCCCGCCGAGAACGGAGCAGUUCCUGCAGCCGAUCCCUCGGAGCGCAUGCUCCGCCCUCGAGUGCUUAGGGGCAGAGAGAGGCGAAGCCAGAGGCUGCAACAGCCCGCCCCUUCCCCUCCGCUAGAUGAUGACGUGAUGUUUGGCGGUUUGUCUGACGCGCCGGGGUUGGCAGGGAACCAAGACAUGCAGCGGAUGGUGAUGCGACUGACGGCGCGCCGCAGGGGGCGGGGCGAAGGCCGAAACCUCAGGCGUCUGCGGGACCAGGAUGUGGUGGCGUUCCGACGCGCACUUUACAGGACCGGCGUGCGUGCGCGGAACACGCGGGACAUGGGGAGGCAAAGGGACGUUUCGGCUACUUUCCUGCGGCAGAACCCCGCGUGCUUGCACCGGCUGUUGCCGUGGCUGCAGCGUGAGCUGACGGUGUUGUACGGGUCACACGGAUCUCUUGUAAACAUCGUGCAGCACGUCAUCAUGUCGCGAAUCACGAACUACAACAUGGAGGACUCGGCCAUCCGGGACGAGCUCCGUCCAUUUCUGCUAGCUCGCACUGACCACUUCCUCCAUGAGCUGGUGAGUUUUGCCCGGUCGACCCUCAGCAUGGAGGCGUAUGACCAGCAGGCCGUCUACGACUGUCCUGCGCCCAGCUACGAGGAGGGCAGUAGCUCUGAUUCCUCUGUUAUCGCAAUCUCUGAGGAUGAUGAGAAUAACAGUGAGGACAAUAUCACAGAGAAUCCUUCUGCUGUACAGGAACCCGCUCCCGCAACACCCGGCACAGAAAAUUUGCUGAGUGAAUCUACGUGGGAUGACGAGACCCCUGGUCCCUCAUAUUCCACUCUCCUGUCCUCUUCCAGCCAAUCACAAGCUGAGGGGCCACAACCAAGCGGCAGCACAGCCCUGCCCCUGAUACCAGCUGAACCUGGCACAAGCAACAGUGUGUCAGGUAGACACGGCGCAGAUGAUGAUGGGGAGGAGGAAGAGUGCCUGAUCGUAGGAUAUGUAAAGCCCAUGGCUGAGCGGACACCUGAGCUGGUUCAGCUCUCUUCUGAUUCGUCUGAAGAGGAGCAGGAAGCGACCGCCAUGGUCACAACGGCCAUAGUUCCAAAAGAAGAGGGAUCCCAGGUACAGUCUCACGUGGACCCGGUUAGCCCUGGCUCCUCCCCAGGCCCCGCCCCCUCAUGCAGUCCCCAGCGCACACACUCGGACUCUCAUGUACAGGAGUCACACAGCAGAGAAAGAAUAAGGAGCUGCUCCCCAUCCUCUCGGGAUCGUCAGGGACAUCGCAGACGACACGGGUCCAAGGAUCGUUUACAAGCAACUAGAGACUGUUUUGACUUCAGUGAUCCCAAGAGGCGCAAAAGCCGGUUACACCAGAACUCUGACUACACGGAGCACGCUGAGACUUGGGAACGAUCACAACCUACAGAAAGUCAAGGUGACUCGCGUGCACGCUCGCCAAGUCAACCGCUUUCGCCUCAGAGCUGGUCAGGCCAGAGUCCACCCGUGUCCAUUUGGAGUGGUAGUGAACAGUCACCCUUCAGAAGUGACAUCAGCAGUGACAAAAGUCCAGAGCGUUCUCAACACAUUAGAGAAAGAUGCCCGCAAUCUAAAGAGCGAGGAAGGAGAAGAAAAGAAAAAAUGAGCAGGUCACAUGACUCUGACUCUUGUAUUAAUUCCCAUCAACCUAGCAGUCGCUCCAGUGAUUCACAAUGGGGUCGUAAGCGCAGGAGACGAUCCAUCAGCAGCAGCAGCGCAGACUCGUGCUCGGAAAGAUUUCGCCUGGACAAGCCUAGCGGCAAACGCAAGUACAAAACCCGUCAUCUAGAGCGAGCCGCCCAGCGCCAGCAGGGUGAGGGACCGACAGCCUCAGAAAAACUGCCGCGACAAGGACGCAAAGAGCGUCGGCGCAGCCGUGAACGACGCCUCAGUCGGAGCCCCAGUGUGGAGAUUAUCUACGAGCGUAAAGCGACCGACUGGCAUCAGCGGAAGAAACGGAGACACCGAAAGAAGAAGAGGGAGCAUCGCUCACCCACGGUGAUCACCAUAGACAGUGACAGCGAUCGUACCAUUGACUGUCUGGACCGCGUCAUAGAUGUUUUAGACCAAACUGCUUCAGGCAUCGAUGAUGAGCAGAUGGACGAUACAGAGCAAUGUGUGAUCCACCCUGCAGCUAAUUCAAGUACUUUGUCUUCUUUAGACUCUCUCUUAGAAUCCUCAAUGAGUGACCCAACUACAGUUUCGCUAAAUCUGGACGACUGCGUAGUGGACGUAGUUAAACACGGCAGUUCCAAAGCUCCCGAAUGCAAUCGGAAUAUAGACACCAACAUUUUGCAUGCAGAGUCCGUUCCAGACCCCCUAAUUCCAGUGGAUUCAAUGAUGACAACCCAACCUUCAGACACACGACUCUUAGAGUCUAUACUGCAAGAUCUUGAGGAUUUUUUACCAGUGGUGGAAGAACAUGCGGUGCCAAACCCCAAAAACACUGUUAGCCCUCAACGUGACCAAACAAACCUGAAAGGAGAGUCAGAAGGAUUGGAGAACAGAAACACAGACAGUGAUGAACAACAAGAGACGGAGGCUAGCUAGAACUUAAAAUUUCAUUUAGCCAGACUUGUGUGUGUUUGUUUUGAUAAACUCAUUCAAAGACUGGAAUGAAUUAAUGGAUUGUAGAAACAUUGUUUUUAUUGUUAAUAUUUAUGUUUUCAGUAAUUCUCAGACUUGGUGCUGACUUAUGAUGUGACACCAGUCCCAAAUGUACAGAACAUCUCCCAAAAAACUGUUAUGUUAGGAUGAUGAUCCUCAUGCUACUAAACAUUCACACUAAUGACGCUUUUCCAUUGCAUAAUAACCCACAGUUUUUGGUCGGGUCAGCUUACUUUUGGGGGCUUUUCCACUGGGUACAGUAAGUAGUACCCGAUACUUUACAGGGCUCGAAAGUGCGAUCUAAUUUUUCAAUGGUGCGCCUGAGGUUGCACCAGUGCGACCAGCCGUUCAAGUGAAAAACUUGCAACUCGAAAGUCUACUUCUGGUUCAACAACAGAUGUACAUUAGACACACACAUACACCGUGGUCUAAACCAAUAAGAUAGUAAAGAGCGGACACCUCCCUCAUUAUGGGCGUUUCACACGGUACGCGGCAACCGCAAGUUUUUAGUUCUUUUUCAAUAGGAGACGUGCGGAAAGUGGCAAAACCGGGGCGGAUACAAAGGUGAAGCGCAGUGUGCAGCCCUAAAAAACUGUCCCUUUUAAGGACACGGCACUUCACGGCAGGCACCGUUGAAGAUAGACAUGUUUGCGCUAAAUGCUGUACAAAACGCUUCCACUAUACACGAGAAAGCUGAAACCGCGCGGCGAUUCCGCCGCGUACCGUGUGAAACGGCCUUAAUUAUGAGCAAAUAUAAUGACACGCCUAUAAUCCCUCCCACCCCGAAGUGUUACUAAACUCAAUGGAAAAACUAACCAAGCCAAAGUGAGGUGAGCUGACCCGAUCUGACCUAAACCAAACCGUGGGGUACUAUGCAAUGGAAAAGCACCAUAAAGGACCACAUCAGUGCCUAUUUGAAUUAUAAGCAGCCCAACACUGAAGAGCCGAGUGCUCUGCUAUAAUCCGUUUCACUAUUUCUGAUUCUCUCAUACUUCAUCUUACUCUUUAAGACCCAGCAGAGAUCUGCCAGCCUAGUUAAUAUUCAUUAUUAUGAGCUAAUAAGGCCUCCCCACUCAACUUCUGAUUUGCCGUCUUUGGUAGAAGAAAGUUCUGUAAGAUUUUCCCUGUGACCCAUCUGAUCUUCUUAAAGAGAAAAGUGUCUGUCAAACUCAGGGAACAGGUGAAGUUCACCUUCAUGUCUCUGUUACUGUGUGUGUACAUGCGUGUGUGCGUAAAAGAUAAAUUUUACUUGUCACUGUACACACAAAGCCUUCUUGACUAUAUAAUGUCAGCAAUCGAUCAAUAAAAUCCUGGAACACUGA